AUUUGUGCGCGAUGGUGAGUGGAAUGUUUUACUGCGGCAGGUUAGGAUCGCUCCGUUACUGAUAAGACGAUAAGACGCGCGUUGAACGGUGUGGUGGAUACCGCGCUACGUUCUGUCAGUGAAACCUGUCAUCCAGGUGGAAAGUGAUUUUUGUUGUGGUUUUACUGAACUUUUCUACGCGGAAGAUCCGCGUGUUACGUGUGAAUUAUUGAUUUUGGUGUUCGACAGUGAAAGGGCUUCUUGCUAGUGCCGGUGGUAAUCGUUUGAUCGAUCGGUCGAUAAAACGCAGUUUCAGAGCCAAUUUUCGUCGUCAGUGUUUAUUUUAAGUGCGUAAUCGCAGUUCCGUUCAAAAAGUGGUGACGUGAUUUAUGAAAAAAUAAGAAGCGAAAGGAAGGUACCGAAGUGGACGGUUGUUGAAGUUCAGUGAAGAACUCGAUACAAAAAAUCAUUUUCGAGCAACGAGUGAAUGCAAAUUUGCUGUUUAUUGUUCCGGACUCUCCCGCACCGCAAGAGCAGUUCUCGAGUGUCGCCGCGUCCGAGUGUCGAAAUGUUUGGUAAAUGAUUACGUUGACCUCAAAAUCCCCGUUGGAUAAAGUGAAAGAGCGCAGGAGCACGCAGUGUUUUAGUUUUUUUUGGUUCGUUCGCUUAUCUCUGGCUCGUGUGUCGGCAUAAGAAAAGAAUUUUUAUAGACGACCGUUAACUCUCAGCCGGAGGCGGUUUUUUUUUCGUAACAUAGGACCACAAUCGAAUGCUUUCUUCGUGGACCAACAACGGUAGCCGGUUGCAUGCUGAGUCGGCUUUAACGAGAGGAGAUCGAACGGAAACCGAGAUUUGAAUCUGGAUUCCUCCUAGGAUGAUUAUUCGUUGAUUCGUCAUGCUUUAAUGGGAAAUGUAUGACGUUCUAGUUCUUUUACCAAACUGUAAAAAAACCGCAACCACAUCAAUUAAAACAAAAUUAAGCGAAAUCCAGGACAGACGCUUCAUUAAAUGCUGUUGAAACUGAAUAGUUUUUUUAAAGUACCUACUCCCCUGACAUUGUGUAUAUUUUAUAGCCCCCCAGCGAAGUGAUUAUAAUCUCGCAAAGCAGAAAACGGCUCAAUCAGGAAAAAAAACUACUCACAGUUUCUGUUGUGUGGAUGGAAGUUGAUUUGGGUCGACUGCUGGCGAGAACGUUUUUUGUAGCCUUCCCCCGUUUUCGGCCAAUCAAACAUCAGUGUGUUACGUACGUAGGUGUAAAUUGUGCGAGCAAAGGUGAAAAUAUCAAUUGAGAGACAUCCGCCAGUGUUAAAGAUAGAGAUAGGUAUGUACAGUUAUUACACGACCAACAGGGAAACAACUGCGUCGCGAAUCGAGUUGAAAGUCUGCAUAAAGUUCGUCGCUUAGUUGCCCAGAGAAACAAACGAUUUCGUAAAAUCGUAAACGGCACAAAAAUUAAGUGGAAGGAUGCUGGAUUCAAGGUGUGUCAGUGCGUGAUUUGAAUGAAUGACUACGGUUGGAAACUUGUGGUGCUUUUUGCUUCAACCUUUCUGGCCAGUGGAAGUGUGCAAAAGUGUUUUGGCGAGUGAGCCUUUUAAGAUUGACGCGAGAUUUUGUUUCGAUAAUCUCGAACCUGACGAGGAAGCGUGUAACGAGGAGGAAGCUCGACAAUUGGGUUAGCCGCUUUCUGGUGAAUUCUGCAGUCGGGCAUCAUAUAUCAAUCAACUGAACAGUGUUUUGCAGACGAAGUCAUUUUCAACUGUAACAUCAUGAGGUCCUUUGCAGUUUUACGCCACCUGGCGGUGGCCACGCUAGCCACCGACGAUGCACUCCAGCAGAACGCUGCCGUCGGCUGGUGAGAAGCGUCCAGCCGACAAGCAGCAGAGUUUCAUCCAACGGUUCUACCUCUUCGGGAACAGCCCGAACAGUUCCAGCAGCAGCUCAUCGAUCACAGCCAGCUCCGGCACGCAAGAUCGAUCACCAUCAGUUAAAAAGCCAAAAAAGAAACCAUCUACAGAAGAAUCCGAGCAGGACGAUUCGCAAAACUACAGCGUCCAACGGUUGAAACAGUUCUGGAACAAUCGGCUUAGCUUGAACGCGAGCUCGGCACAACCGAGCGAAAUAGCCUUGUCGAGGAAGUUGAAAAGUGUCACCUUGGGACCAACCAGCUCGACUAGGAAACCAUCUACGCCAGAGUUUCUGAAGAGAAACGGUUCGACACGAGGUUCUGCCUCACGACGAAACAUCGUUCGGAACAGCCUAAUUCCACUGUAUUCCAAUCCAACGGCGAAGAAAGUGGCCAGUCCGAAGUCUAGUCGAGUACGGGAUAGUACGAACGAUACGGUUACAGCCAACGGUGCCGCUCAAAAACGUUCAUGUGUUGUGCUGAGUCCGGAUCUGAAGAAAGAGAAACGAUCGUGCAUCGAACGGGUGGGCUACAAUGCGGGUUUCCCGCUGGUGACGGCUACAGCUAACGGUGCACGAAUCAACUGGGCUCGGCGUGUGGAGCUUCUCGGUAUUAAGCCGUUGAAUAGCUCGACGGAAGAACAGCCGAAAAUGCCGAUUAAGGUUGAAAACUACGUCAACAACUUUAUCGAUGUGGACAUUCAGAAUGGACCUCCGGUCGAAGAAGCGGAGCCGGUGGUGAAGGUGGUUGUUUCCGAUGAAAAAGUGGAACCGAUCACACCAAAACUUGGACCAAGAGAUUCGCUAGAUAGUAAGAAAAGCUCCAGUUCAGGUGAUACGCUCUCGCUCGGACGACGGCAUGGAACUCCUACGAGAAAGGUGAGUUUCCGUACCACAACUACACCCUUCAAUCGGAAGCUAUUGCAUCCAAGUGGAAACAAGGUAGCGGCAUUGACGAACAAAUUCAACAAGCUUAUCCAGCAGGACGCUGCCAUCUUGGAAGAAGUUCGCAAGCGUGGAGGUUAUUUGCACAAAUCCGGCGGUCACGUUUACAAGGUUAUCGACGGCGAUGGAAACGGUAGUGUGCGGAAGAAAUCUGCAGCUGCCGGGAAGGCCGAUGAAUGUUCGGAUGAAGUUUUAGUAGGAGGCAAAGGAUCUUACCGGAAAACUGGAGUGAAGAAACGUCCAAGUCUUCGGAAGAAUCUUUACCGAAAACCGGAAUGGGAAGCGAACAGAGUUUCGUUGUGCGUGAAGGAAGCGUUGGAAAUAUUCGAACCGAAUCACCAUCAGAACCAGACUGAUCUGAAGGCAGAUCGAAAACCGCCGGCGGGUCGUGCGAAGCCCAAAGUACCGGACAAAAGUGAGCAGGUAAUUCAGAAAACUAAGGAACUUAAGUGCAAGAAAGCGGUCCAAAUCGAUGCCAAAAGUUGUGAUAGUAGCGAGGUAGUGUUACGUGAGGUGCCAAAUAGUAUUAGUGAACAUAGUAGUAUUAGUAGUGACAAUGGAAACGAAGACAUCACCGGGAAUACUCAAAUGGUUUGGGAGGACAGUAGUUGCGAAGUGGAUGGGGAUGCUAAAGCUGUUGAUACAAUUGUGCCGCAUCCGGAAAACAAGUCUGAAAUGGUCGAGCAAACUGAAGUGCUUGAGAAGACUCCUGAGUACUCUGUGGUUAUGAAGAAGGUUGAACCGAUCAAACAGGCACCUGAAACCAAUGGUGAAGACGUUGUUGAUAAGUCUAAAAAGGAUAAAAACAAAGAGAAACUAGAUAGUACUGUUAAAACUAACAAAUCGGAGAAGAGUGCGAGGAAAAUCGAAGAACCAAAAUCUGCAAAACAGAAAAGUACCGUACAGAAAAUAUACGAAAAGUUUACAUUCCGAUCAACGAAGAAAAUAAAUCUUAGCAGUCCAGAGCGAACCGCCAGCGAAUCUCAGCUCAACACAACCGUGGACAGAUCCGAGGACAGAUUACUCUUCGUCCCGGACAACAGACUGACACGGAAAUCCUUCAUUUCUUCAAUCGAAAUUCCGACAAUCAACAUAGAAGAGCCCCAAGAGAGCAGCUCUGAUCCAUCCGAUAAGAAGAUUGUAGACGCUAUCCGUUCGCUGAAUCAGAAGAUCGAUAAUCUAUCUAGAAGCUUCAGUGAUCUGACUUUGAUGGAUACUGAUCAGGAAUGCACGGUUGGGCAAACAGUUCAACCGAACAACUCCUUCCUAUUUCGAAGUAUGACUAAAAUCAGCAAUGGAACCGAAACUGCCAUCAGUCAGAUGAACAUUGUCCAAGCUGUGAAUACAGUGCUGAUCAAUAAGUCUGUUUCCAUGGACGAUCAUCAUUUCCCCUGUCGAGAUAACCUGGAUAGGCUAAGUUUGACCGAGAAGAUCCCGGUGAUCGUAGUUAAUGGUAAACCUUCGAGUCCGGUCGAAAACGAUUACGAACUGGUAGCUAGAGUGGAGUCUCCAAAGAAACUGGAGACUAGUUCAACCAAGAGCAGCACUCUGAGCAUCGAUAUCAUGGAACUAACUUCAAAAAUCGAGUCCUUCGUGUACAAAGCGAAGCUCUCAGAAAACAUCUACCAAAGUGUUAACUCCGCGAAAACGAACGAAUCUACCGUAGGAAAGUCGGUAGAAGUUGAUAACGCGAGCGUUAACAGCUACGAAUCCUUCGAAAAUUACGAAUCAAUCGACCGAUCCAAUGAACAAUCACCCAAAGAAGAAGACACCUACGAAAUUUGCAAUCCCCCAGAACCACUACCUCCACGGAACGAUAGCAAAACUCCAUCGAGUUCCGCCAACGAUCUAGCUAUACCACAACCGAAACGCAACCUCGUCGGAUCUCCCAAGUUCUUGCCAAAACACCAACCCGUCUACCAACCUAGCUACGAGAAGAUCAAAUAUGACAAAACACCGCCACGUCCUCCGAAGCCGGAAGAAGUCCCACUGCCCCCGCGCAAUCCCAUCCCGAUGGAGCUGGUAACUCGCGAACCAUCGAUAUCCCCCGCGCUUUCGGAAGUCGAACCCAUCUACGAGGAGAACAUCUACGACACGAUCCGCAGCUGCGACGGUGUAGAUUAUGACGAUCCGAACGGCAGUGCCGAAGCGGUGAUUAAACGACCGAAAGCUAGUCUCCCGGCGGAUGCCAUCUCGAUCGUGUCCUCCAACUGUUACGAAUCCAUCGGAUCAAAGCUGACGAUGGAAUUUCUGCGGCACAAUGCUGCAACGUUGCCCCGAAUGGGAUCCAUUUCGACGCUCGCCUCCGAUCAAAUCACCAACAGUCUGUACGGGUGUCACACGGAAAUCCAAAGCCUAACGCCGCCGAGUGAACGUGGAAGCGAUACCAGCAACAGUGCCGAAUGGACGGAUCUGUCCGACGAUGAGGAUGACGAGGGAAGCGAUUCGAGGAGAAACAAUUUUAUUAUUGUUCGUAAGCGGAAUAAAAUCCACCAGACGCCGGUUUGGUCCAGAAAGGUUCGACACAAGUUGGCAUUUCAGCAGCAACAGCAGCAGCAGGAACAACAGAAGUUACAAUCUGAUCAGCCGAAGUUAGAAGACGAUUCCGACCACGUUUACGAGUCGCUAGAUUCUCACGGCCAGUCCCGCAACAGCACCCCGUCGGUGGGAUCGGGCAGCUUCAGCCGCACUCGACGUGCCCCACCACCACCUCCCAACGGCAAUGAAUUUCAACCGGCUAGUAACAACUACCAUCCGAUCAGUCGACCAUUGCCGCCACCGGAUGAAAACUUCCUCAGCAAUGACGACGAGUUCGACUCGUUCGAUAGUGACAACGAUAGCGAUGACGAUCAUCACCGCAAAAAUGAUAGCGGAGUGGAUAUCAGCAAUGCCAAACUGCCUGAGCCACCGACUUCCAGUGGUCAAGUGUACGCUCUCAUGCAGAAAAUCAAAAGUUUGGGUACGCUGUCCAAGUCGGAAAUAGCUAAGGGGUUGCAUAAAUUUUCCAAAAAGAAAACCAGUUCAUCAAAAGCACCUAAAAUCUUCACCGGCGAUAGUCCCGCGUCUCCAACCGGAACGGAUGAAUCAACCAAUUACGAGAACGCGCCGCUGCCAAAAGUGCCCAAAACUAAGUCCAAAUCAUUCAAACUGCCUCUUCAGUUGGGUUCCAAACCAUCCGACGACUACGAAAACACCGAUUUCCACAGUCCCGUUUCACCAAAUUCUCCAUCACCGAACAGUAGCUCGGCCCUCGCAUCUAGUCCCGCUUCCGAGCAAGCCGACAAAUCCAUCCUAGCCAGUAUUAGCAACAGCGAUUCGAGUAACGUUUCGACGUUCCGAAAAAAGUCCAAAAGUGGCAAAUCCCUACGUUCCAAGCUGCGCAAAAGUCUUCAAUCCGAAACCAAUCUCAACAUCGGAAGCUCCUUUAACGGAUCCCGCAGUACAUUCUACGUGACGGACUCGUUGGACGUGGACUCUGGGAUCUUCAAUGGCAGCGAACCGAACAGUUCCUCGUCCAAUCUGAAUGUAUCGACGUCCGCUGAAAAGGACACACCGCUUCAGUCACCUACCAACGCAAACCACAAAAAUUCGGACGCCGAUCGACGCAAGUCGGCGAAUGGAAGUCCUGCUAGUCGACCAACCAACCCGCCACCACCGCCGCCAGCGAAUGCACCGAGUGGCGAUAGAAAGUAUCUGAAGAAUCGGAAGCUUGGCGCGACAUCGUGGUACGCCGAAUGCGGUGUCUUUAAAUCCGAAAGUCUCAAGCAAGCAUCGUUGGACUGUGAGUUGAAGGGUAAGGAGCGCAGCAGCACAACUUCCUGGUAUGCUGAAGUUGGACUCUAUCAGACGAGUGGUGCCUCCGUUGCCAGCUCCAGCGAAAGUUCGGGCGUUUCGACGGGUGGCGAAGGUGGUCCAGGAGAUGAUCAUUCCCACAGCAUGUUCGUCAAUGAGCCGCUUUAUCAGAUCUACAACGCUGCCAAGUUGGAAUCACUGACCAGGGAUAUCGAUGCCGAAAUCGCCGGUACAACGGAACUGUACGACGAUGGGUACGAGAAGAUCUCGAAUCACAGCAAGGAUGGUGAAAAUGUUAGUCUAGCGGAUGAGGAAAUUGGACGGAAGCUAAGGCCGAGUGCGUUCGAAUUGAUUGAACCGAAUGUGGGCAAACUGCGGACGCUCUGGUGUGAGAUACCGGAGGUGAUCAAUUCGCAAAUUUUGUUAACCCUCACACCGAACGAAAAGCGUCUCCAGGAGGCCAAAUUCGAGAUUCUCACAUCGGAAGCAUCCUAUUUGAAGUCCCUAAAUCUGCUUAGAUCGCACUUCAUCAAUCAUCCGGCCUUCCGGGACGUGAAAGUGCUCACGUCGUCCGAACGGAAAACCCUCUUCUCCAACAUCAUCCCUGUGCAGGAGUGUUCCGAUCGUCUACUGUGUGAUCUGGAAAAUUGCUGGCAGGACAACAUCAUGCUGCUAGGGUUGAGUCACAGUAUUUUCAAGCACGCCGAGAAGCACUUCCACGUGUACGUGAACUACUGCGAGCAGCAAGCCAAAAUCGAUCGAACACUGAAGAAUCUGAAAGCGAACAAAACCGAAUUCACCAAGACCUUGGUGGAGCUCGAAUCCGACCCGAUCUGCUGUGGACUGAGUCUAUCUUCUUUCCUGAUGCUUCCAAUGCAACGGAUAACACGGAUGCGACUGCUACUGGAUGCCGUCCUGCAGCGGCUCAAGUGCGAUGACGACGAGUUCGAAAGCUGGGAGAAGACUUUUGUGCUGAUCAAUCGAAUUCUUACGCAAUGCAACGAUGCCGCCCAUCGAAGCGAACAGAUGCACGAAAUUGAAAUGAUUUCUCGCAAUAUCGAGUUUCCGACUCACAUCAGGCCGCUGGCGGUUGUACCCUGUGGCAUCGGUCCCCCUGGCAGUGUAAUGCGCAAGCUGGAGAAACGAGGCGAGCUGGUGCACCUGCUUUGGCGGGGAGAUGAUGCCAAGUUGACCUUCGGCAAAAAGUUCAGCAAGACCAAUGUCUACGCGUUUCUGUUCACCGAUCUGCUUGUGUUGACCAAAAAGAAGGGGGACGAAACCUAUCUAGUCACCGACUACUGCCCACGUGCAUUGCUGACGGUCAACUCCGGUGACGUCAUUCCGCAACUGCCGACCAAAGAGAUGCAAGCGAUUGGUAAACAUCUCAUCAUAAUGACGUUGCUGGAAAAUCACGAGGGGAAGACUGCUGAAAUGAUUCUUAGCUGUCCAUCGGAAACGGAACGCGAACGUUGGCUGAAGGUCACCGAACCGUUGGCGUCCGAAAACCCGGACGAAAAAAUUUACGAACAGUGGGACUGCCCGCAGGUGAUAGCCGUUCAUCCCUAUGAAGCACUACAACCGGACGAACUCGAUCUGGACAUCAAAGAUGUUGUCAACGUGCAUCGGAAGAUGGCUGAUGGUUGGUACGAAGGAGAACGAAUUCGGGACGGAGCCGUCGGUUGGUUCCCCGGGAACUACACCAAGGAGAUUUUUUCGGCUCACAUUCGGGCGAAGCAUAUCAAACAGCGACACAUGCUGCUGUCAUAUACCUCCAAGUAUAUUGAUACGAAUACGAUGAAACUGCAGCAUACGAAGAAAUGAUAACACACAAUUGUAAUUGUAAAUAAUAUUAGUGUUUGUUUAGUGUUAGUACUAGUGCAUGGCAAUUAGUUUGUAUGCCGCAUCGCAAUAAUUGUACAUUUUUUUCGAAAUUAGCAACAUACUUGAACACGUAGUUUGAAAAUUGUUAAAUUAUUUUGAUACAACCUUAUUUUCUUCGAGAAAUAGCAGUUCUGAUGUAAAUGAAAUAUGUAAAAAGAGUGGUAAAAUUUUGAGUAAAGGUAUUCAACGUUAGAUCUAAUAGUAUUAUGAAUAAAAGUCCUCAUUAUUCGUUA